CUUUCCCUCAAACAGUUAAAUAAGACCCAGAGAUGACAUCCGGUAUUUUAACCUCUUUCUAUACCCAUAACGUUUAGCUUUAGAUUUUUUGCCAAUUUAUUUUGUCUGUGUGAGCUCUGGUUUCCCACGUAAUGGAAAUGCCGGCCAGAUAUGUAAUGAAUGAAAUAAAAAUUGACUGCGCAUGCGCAAUCCAAAACAUAAGCCUGAAUAGCGAAGACAGAUCCUUCUUAUGUGCAACACUUUAGAUAAGAUCACUAACACAAGUGAUUUUUAUCAAAACAGUUAGCUCCUCAGAUUUCGUCUCUGUGAAUACCGCGAUAAAGGUUGAAUUGUUUUCCUGUGAGUUUCCAGAAUACCAAUCACCCGUCAGCUGAAGGCAGGGCAUGCUUAACUCCAGCCUCAACCACACAGGGACGCGCCUGACCCGUGGGGGAGGUAGAGGGGUGCUACUCGAGUACAGCCACCUUAUCACGUGGUCAGUGGUUUACAUUCUCAUCGCGUUAUUCGCCGUCAUCGGUAAUGUCCUUAUCAUCGUCGUCUUCUCCAAAAAGCGCAGACUUCGCACACGGACUAACUACUUCGUGGUUGGCUUAGCCGCCGCCGACGUCAUCGUUGGCACGGUAACGAUACCUCUAUGGGUGACGUUUGUGAACUUGUUGUAUAAUGGAAGUUUUCUCGAGGCUGCACGUGUCAAGGAAGUAUUCAGCCCCAUGGAUAUCUUCUCUGGUAUGCUUUCUAUUCUGCAUUUAAUGAUCAUCAGUUUGGAGAGGGUCUACGCUAUUGCUUUCCCCUUACGCCAUCGUAUCUCGAAUCCUAAGUGGAAUUUCCUGAUUCUCGCGGUGACUUGGAUCCUUGGGGCGUCUGUGUCGGCGUUGAAUUUCUUCCUCCCUCAAGGCGGUCAGUGGAAGGGCACAUUUCUAGUCUAUUCCGCUCUUGGGUUUUUUAUUCCGUUCAGCAUAAUAUCCAUCUCAUACAUGAGUAUAAUUAUUGUCGUCAAGCGCCGUACAAGCAUGACCAGACGGCGCGCUAUGGUCGUCAAACGAGAAAGCAGGACAGCGGUGACUAUUUUCGCGCUCAUCUUACUCUUCUUAGCCACGUGGUUACCGUUCUUCAGCCUUAAUCUGGUGCUGUACACGUGCCGUGCAUGUGCAAGUGUGGUGACCUUCAACAUGGUACUGUUUUUCAAGGCGCUGCACUAUCUCGGGUCAGCGUUAAACCCUGUUGUGUACAGCGCGCGCAGCCCUGAGUUUAGGAGACCAAUAACGUUGCUUCUGAAGGAACGACGAUUUCAGGAGUCGUUCUAUCGCGGAUCAACUACUCGAAGGUCGUAUUUAGAGCGCGGGUCGAGACGAGACAGAGAACUGAGUGAUGUCAGCGAGAGCGGAAAGACGGGGUUGGUGUCUCGAGAAAACAGCGCGCGCUUAUCAAGAUGAAAGGUUUUCCGCGCACAAAAAGCAAAAACCGAGCAAAAAGCCAAACUAAUCUAUCAAAUAAAAUCCCAAAUACAAUAAAAAACGACUUGAUGAUUAAUGAGCGAAAUAUAUGAGAGAAUAUCAUACGUAGUUCGUGUCAAAAGCGGAGAAAUUAACCUCAGGUUGAUUAUAGACAGAAAACAUAAAACAGAAGUACCAUUAUAUUAUAUAGCAAAAAUUGGAAAAAAAUCGCUUUCUUGAUGUAAAGCGUGAAAUGUAUACUUCAGUACAGUGGUAAUCCUCUAAAGACUGGUUCUCACUACGACGACGCAAAUACAAGUGAAACGCAAGAGCUUUUCCAUUGUCACUGGAACUCGUGCCAGAGCAAGGCGAAGAUUGGAGAUUAUCAGUGAAAAUGGAAUGUAGUUAUGGCCCAAAGUAAUGUAACGACUUGCUCGCUGGAACGUUUAAUGACUGUGUGUUUAUAAAUCACACAGUCACGUGAUUUAUAAUAUCUGAUAUAGUACAUACAUAAAUCUGUUCGUUAUCUCAUUUGUACCAACAUGUGCAAUUUUCAUAAAAAUCGACCAAAUGCCUGGCAAUAUAUUACACAUUAAGCUAACUUCACCGAGUUGCCUGCUGAGUUGCCCGCUAAUUCACUCCGGUCGUUGCGUACUUGUAAACCAACCCACAAUUAAGCCUCACUGGGCUCUAGAUAACGCAGAAAAAUAACAAAAAUCAGAUACGUAAAUAAAAGCGGAAAUUGAUCCUGAAUAUUCGCGCACUUGGAUUAAUACCGUUCAUUUCUGCACAACAAAGACCCAAUAAAGUCCCAAAACUUGGCUAAUGUAAAAACUACAGAUUGCGGAUUAAAACGAUUUCAGGAGAACAUUAUGAUAAAAGGACUUAAAAAACUCAAUUAGUUUCAUAGCACUUUGAGGUAAAGAUUAAUUUCUUCCGUCUGAAAUGGGGGUAUAGACAGUCCAGUCUUGUGGCUCUUUUAUUGUUUAUCGCUUUCCCGUUCGCUUUAUGCCAACGCUAAGUUGGUUCGCGGCCAUUAAUUUUGGGCGGGAAUGUUAUUUAACUGAAUUGUGUCCUGCUUUCCUUAUUUCAUAAAACAUUAUUUGUUUGUCUAUUUGUUUGUCUCUCUAAGUGUGCGCGGAAAAGAGGGCGCACACAUUUACGCUAGUAUGUCUCCUCUAUGUACUGAAAAUCAACAGCCGAAUAAAAAAAGAGAAGGAUUGUAGACA